CACACUGCUGUACGGUUCUACAUUGGCGAAGUGCUUGACUUGUACAGGAAAGGUGCCAACAGUCGUUAUGGUUCCAUUCAAUCCACGACGAGUGUCUCCACAUUGUCCUUUCUCUCACUUUGAGUUUACCUUCCACUGGAGACUGCAGUGAGUAAAUUCUGCGCCAUAAUAUUUGUUCUAACAUGUUCGCUGUUUCAGGCUGCUGCUUCUAAUGCCGACGACAUGCUCUAUGAAGACGAAGAUGUGUCGCCCGAUGCUGUCCCAUCAUUUUCCUGUCUUCCCAGCUGCUAGUAGCUACCAGUACGAGACCCAUACACAUGCUCCUGCAAGCAGCAUUCUCUAUCACAUUGGCAAAGGGGCUCUCAAAGGAACAAACUCACGGGCAUUGGAACUGUCCAAUGCCAAUGCUCGCCACUGGAUAACCCUGACCGCACCACAGGUUAAGCAAAAAUUGCCUAGACUCAAGAUUUCUGGGGGUAGGAUCACGAAAGCUUAAUUCUACUUAAUGCUAUAUCACAGAUACGUAUUCAAUGGGUGUGCUUGGGAUGCAUCCGUCGUUACAUACCACUCUUGUUCACUGAGAUACUAUGUGUUCUUCGUCGUGUCACAUCUUGCUGCGGUGUCACAUAUGUCAGACCGUGUGACACGUGACAUGUCUGUCCGGAAUAGCAGAUUUUACACCCGAAAAAUAGCAGAUUUGAGAGCCAAAAUGAGGUCGAUGGGCGGACAGACAUAUGGGGGAGCUUCCGGGGGCCUAGUCGAAGCUGCUGUGUCUCUCACUGAAAAAAAAAAUGAAUCAUUUCGCUCACCUCUCCAAUGCGCUUCG